CAUUAUGUUUUAUCCGAUUUUCCUUAAAAUUACGUGCGCUACUAUUCUAGCGAAUGUUUUAUUUGCUAAUGCUUUGGAAACGGCCAAUCAAACGAAUCCCGAUGGUGUUGAUUCUGAAAACAGGAUAUACAACGGAUUCGACUGUUCCACAGAUGAUUAUCCUUUCAUGGUAUGCAUUGUUGAACAAUCUUCAUACAAAUUAAAAGGUUACGAAAGAAAAUGCGGAGGAACUUUGAUAAGUGACGUGAUUGUGCUGACCGCAGCCCAUUGCAUUUUUCCCGAGAUGUUUGUUGUGGCAGCAAUGAGUACUCCACAUCCGCAAAUUGUGAAAGUGGAAGAUCAUUAUAUUCACCCAGGAUUUAAUCUGAAGACACUAAAAAAUGAUAUCGCAUUGUUACAGCUAGAGACUUCUAUUUCAAAAUCAGUACACGUCGACUACGUAAAGUUACCAACCAAGAAAGUAGAUGGUGAAAUUCGAAACUGCCCUAUCGGGCUUGUAAUGGGAUGGGGCUUCGUCCAAGAAGACUUUUAUACCAUAUCAAAAGACUGCAAUGCGCAUACCUGCCUGUGAUUCGAUGGAAUAUGUGCAAAGAUUUGUACAGAAAGUUUCUUGAUGGAUUUAAAAACACAGUCAUCUGUACUUUAAGCAGUUUUGGAAAAGAUGCGUGCCAGGGCGACUCGGGGGGACCUUUAAUUUGUGAUAAUGUUCAAAUAGGCGUGGUUUCCUGGGGACUGGACUGUGGAAAACCUAAAAAUCCCGGCGUAUACACCAGAGUCGAUUAUCA